UAAGUAAACUGAAGGUGCACAAGUCCAACCAGAGUCUGCAGUUUCUGGAGGACAGUCGGGUGCGUGUCAACUGCUCCAUCACCUCUCAAACCAGCCCGGACUCUCAGCAUGCUGUGUUGUGGUAUGCGCGGAAGGCCGAGGCAGGGGAGCCGGAUGAGCUGCUGUUGAAGAUCGAACACUCUGGAGCAUUCGAGUAUGGAGCGUACGCAGAGGAGGAACGUCUCCGCAGCCGUGUGCAGUCUGAAAGGCUCUCUCCUCGCCUCUAUGGGCUUACCUUGCACCGUGCCGAGACCAGCGACUCUGGAACAUACUACUGCCUUGUGGAGGAGUGGCUCAUGGACCCUGAUGGACUCUGGUAUCGCCUGGCACAAGACUCCUCCGGCUUCACACAUGUGGCUGUGAGACAGCCAGCGGUGAAGUUGCAGGUGGAGGAGGCAGAAUCUAAUAUCACAGUACCUGAAGAUGGAUCAAUCCGGCUGGGCUGCAGCAUUCUGUCUCAGUCUUCCAAAGAUUCCCGCUUCUCUGUAUCCUGGUAUGUGUACCGUUUGGGACAGGAGGAGGAGGAUGAACCAGAAUGCGUCUUUUCCAUCGGUCAUGAUGCAGUGUUUGGUAAUGGGAACUGCAGCCCUACGGAGGAGCCUGGUCCAAACUCUCGCCUGCAGUUUGAACGUGCCACCUCUGAACUGUACAGUCUGACCAUCCAGAAAGCUCGGUCCAGAGAUGCUGGCAAUUACUACUGCCAUGUGGAGGAGUGGCUGCUGAACCCACGCAAUGCCUGGUAUCGCCUGGCCACCAAUAACUCUGGAGUCACCAUUGUUAAUGUUAUGGAGCAGGUAUCGACCCUACAGUCAGUGGUUUGUUCCAACGACUCCCUCUUCUACUUCGUCUUCUUCUACCCCUUCCCUAUCUUUGGCAUCCUCCUCAUCGCGGUCCUGCUGGUGCGCUACAAGACCCGCAGCUCCAGCAAGAACCAAGAGGGCAAGAACGGAGCGCCGCUCUUGUGGAUCAAAGAGCCUCAUCUCAGCUAUUCCCCAACCUGUCUGGACCCCCCAGCCCUCAGCCUUCACCCCGGCUCUGUGGAGUAACAAUGACACGUGAUCCUGUCUCACUCAGAGACUCGCUCAUCUACUCUCUCUCUCUCUGACUCGCUCUCUGUUUUUCUUCUCCUCCUCGUCCGUGAUGAGGCCACCAGAAAGUUAUCUGGGUUUCUAGCCUGGCCUGUCAAUCCGUCCAUACGACUGACUAAGACCUUUCUCAGUUGAAGUUGCCAUGAUUAUGGUGGUUGCUGGCGCCGAUGCCUAGACAUUUGCUUUGCUUUCUUUUUCCUGAUCUUUUUUUAAAAUAUGAUUUUACUUUUCUGUGAGCCUUUUGAUGUGUUUUACCCGACUGACACCAAACUCCUUCCCUCUCUGGGAUCGGAAACAGCCGUUUCGUUUUGCUUUUUUACUCCCGUCUAUGAAGUCUGGUGAAAACCAUUACAUAUUAUUUGUUAUUUUGUCUGUGCUGAUUUUUGCUGCAGACGACUGGAAGGUCAUUGCUGGACUAUGAACGUUUCUAGAGACAAUGGUGUAUGGAUGAAGGAAGAAAAGGACAAUCUAUCCUCAGAAAAACUCGGAAAGCUGACAAAGGAUGUAUAUUGAUUUAGUUAGUGUGCACGUGCCACAGAACUGACCUAAGAACUGCCUUGGUUUAAGUGGAUCUAGACUAUGGAGAGCCCUCAUUGCCCACAGACUCAAGGAUAUACAUGAACUCCAGCUCAUCCUCACUGCCAAAUACCAAUACAACUUCAAAAGCCACAAAUUCAGAGACACUGAAUAGGAUUAGAUCUGGGUAACUCGAUGUUGGAAAAGACAGUGAGCUUCCUACACUGACAUGUUUCCUCAUCGCUGGUGCUUAGAUGUUGAUACAUGCCCCCAAAUCCCUCAUUUAAUUUCAAGGUCUUUUUGACAUUUUUCCAAUGUUAAGAAGUUCAAUAUAUCUCUAAAAACACCCUUGUGUGAUCUUGUUUGUGUAUAUAUGCACAAUUGACCCCACAUUUAGUGAGUUGUGGCCUCAGCGUCCUUGCAUUUUCAUAAUGCAAGGUUGAAGGGGGCAUUGAAGGAAUUUUCUCUCCGAAAUCUCUUGUAAAAACCGUUGUCUUGAGGGAGAAGGCAAACAGGACUAUAGACUCAAGGGACAUUCUCAGUGCCAAGAUCUUUUUAUCAUCAUACGUGCCCUUGUAAUGAUCCAGAAGGAAAGCGUUUAUUGGCAGACUUCUGCAUAUAUGAGUUAUGAAGGGAUUUGACUUGUUUUUUUUAGUAUAUAUUCUAAAUCACAUAAAGUGUUGUUGUUCUUCUCUUUAUUGGUUUGUGUUUGAAAUAUGGUGCCCGAUCUUUGUGUUACCGCUGAAAAAUUGUGAAAACUUAUUGCGCAGUGUCAUAACCUGUAACCUGUGAAGACCUACUAGAGUGAUUAUAUCUCUGAGGAUGAAUAUAGCAUCUAAAUUAUUGUUGGUCUCCAUGGACACUUUGAAAACACUGCCACAUUUUACCAUUGAAGAUGCUAUGAUCCUCACAUUAGCUUUGCGAACCACACUAGUCAUGUUUCCUUCAAGAAAGAUUCAGCCUCUAUACUGAAAGCAUUUAGAGCUUAGCUGUAGUGCGAAUGAUUGUUGUUCAUUUUUAUUUUAUUUCAACACGGACUAUGAAACACGACGUGUUAUCUAGGAACCUGCGGUCUGACACCAAACUGGAUGUCUCAUUAUAGACACCACUGAAGAUCUUAUGACUGUGCACCUUUCACUCCGCUCUCACAGAGCAUCAUCUGGGUCGCUGCCACCCUCGUGUAAUCUCAACAGUCAACAUCGAGGCUUUUCUGUAAAUGAAAUUUAGAUCCAUUCAAAGCUUGUGGUUGUCUUAUUUAUUGAAUCAUAAAACUCCUAGAUAGAAUAUGUGAACUUCAUAAAUGUGAAUAGACAGAAUGUGGCAGAAAUAGCAGUGAACAUUUAGGCAACUAUAAUUUGGCUACUUGCGUGCAGUGGCCUAGAGGAUUAUGGGAAAUAAUUCUGAACCAGUCUGAGAAUCUUCAUACAGAUGACACAGAGAUCUAUCUUUAUCGACAAAAUUUUGUUGAACUGUACAGUGCAUGAUGAUGAGAAAGGGGGACAUUUUAUUGAUGUCUGAAAGUUUUGUCGUGACAUCGUGUCAGAUUAAUGGCAUCGUCACCAUCUCCACUUUGAGGAAGGCCAAAGCACCUGUCAUUCUAACACAGCAUCUCGCAAAUGAAAUGCAAACUUCGGUUUGAUCAAUAGGUUGGCCUUCCUGAUGUAGGAGAUGUGUAGUGUGAUAUUGAGUGUGAUAUUGCGGUUCUGCUGUCGUUCAAUCUGUACAGACUUAUUCAGAACUCUAAAUAGUGUUUUUGUAGUUCAACAUGCCCAGCUGAAUCAUAAUGUUCUCACAAUGUUGUAAAUGCAUUUCGAGGGCUGCAUGUCAUGGCUGUGUACUGGCAGUAUACUGUAGCUGCAGAAAAACAAAACAAAUGACAAAAAAAGUUGUGUUGAUGUGUGUUCAGUUCAGCCAGUGCUGCUUUUUAAAGUGGUGAUUUUUAUGUUCUUUUUUUUAAAUAAGCAAAAUAGUGCACUAUAUAUAUAAAUAUAAAAAUAAAAAUAAAAAGUUGCCAUAGUUUUUUUUUUUUAUGGUUAUGUGUUUUUGUUGUACUCUACAUUUUUUGUGUUUUUUUAUAUCUAUACUUAUUUUAUUACAUUGUAGCAAUUGCUAUUAUGAAAAGGCACUUUGCUAUUGUCAGUUGAUUGCAAUAAAACAUUCAGUGCACCACA